AUGAGCACAAUCCUUUCCGCAGAUGAUUUGAACGACUUCAUUGCGCCUGGAGUAGCUUGUGUAAAGCCCGUUGAAAUCACCAAGACGAGCUCGGCGGCUGAAAUACAAAUAGGCAUUGAUGGAGAGCCGGUUGAAAUUUCUACAGACAAUGGAGAGUCGAAGUUGGAGCCUGCCAAAAUCAGUUUGACGGAUUGUUUGGCAUGUAGUGGCUGUAUUACGUCUGCAGAAGCAGUUCUUGUUGAACUUCAGAGCCCUAAAGAGCUGUUCAAAGCUCUGGACGAUAAAGAGAAGAUUUUUGUCGUGAGCAUUUGCCACCAAACCCGUGCGUCACUGGCCCGGGCCUGCGAAAUGAGUGUGGCAACCAUCGAUGCAAAACUGCGGCAUGUGUUUGCAGAACGUCUGGGUUUCCGGUAUGUGGUAGGAACUGAAGUAGGACGGGCUAUUUCGCUAGUUCAAGAAGCAGAGGAGGCUUGGAAACGGAGGGAUCAACCGGGUCCCGUCCUGAGUAGUAUAUGUCCUGGAUGGACAUGCUACGUGGAAAAGUCCCACCCGGAGAUGUUGCCGUUUUUAUCCCAUGUGCGUUCACCUCAGCAGAUUACUGGCCAUCUUAUCAAAGAGCUGAUUGCCAGGCUGCACGGCACAAAAACCUGUCAUGUCUAUCACGUCAGUAUAAUGCCAUGCUUUGACAAGAAGCUCGAGGCUGCUCGGCCUGAUUUCGAAGUAGGGGGCAGCCGUGAGUGCGACCUUGUGUUGACUGCGCGGGAAGUUGUUGAAAUGAUCAGCACCGAGUUCGGAACGGCAUUCGAUAUGCUGCCUGAUGCCCAGCUCGCUGCAGCUCAAGUUACCCCACAAGGAUGGCCCGUCGAAGAACAAUGGCUUUCCAAUGCAGGCUCCAGUUCAGGUGGCUACCUUGCAUACACAUUGGCGAAAGUUCAAAGCAUGCACCCUGGCUCCGAGGUUGUGACUCUUUCUGGGAAAAACACCGAUCUGAUGGAGUAUCAAAUCAUGCACGAAAACAAACUAAUUUUCCAUGGCGCCCAAGUAUAUGGGUUCCGCAGUAUCCAAAACCUGGUACGCAAACUAAAACCAAGCAAGGGUAAAGUUGUUCGGGUGCGGUCGACGAAAAGCGAUCCUAUGCAGUGGGAUUACGUCGAGCUCAUGGCUUGUCCAGGAGGCUGCAUCAAUGGCGGAGGACAACUCGCCGCUCCCGAAAACUUACCCACCCGACUAUUUAUUGAGCAGAUGGAGCAGGCAUACAAGCAAAUACCGCUAGCAGUAGUAUCCGAGGAGACUGCAUUGAGCUAUUUGGGUGCGAUUGGCGCGGAGCCAACGGCUGAUCUCUUGCUCACUACUUACAAGCCAUUGGCAAAAGAAAAUAACAUUCCCGAGGCAUUAGCCGUAGGAACUCAAUGGUAG